AACACUCAAACCACAGACACUAAACUUAGUCAUACAUGAACAUGUUACACGAAACAAAAGGCCCCCACCACGGCUGGUCCCCGCGAGAGUGCCUGAAGACCAAAACCCUUCAGCAACAUUAAAAACUGACUACUUCUACACGAAAAAUGGUCAAUCUAAAAUCAAAAGCUCCAUCAUCACAAACAAAAAUAAGCAAACCACAAAAAAACAUCUAUAUAUAUCAACACUCAAUACACGAACCCUCAGGACCGAAGAAAGUCUGCAAGAACUGAUACUAGCAACACAAGACCUAAACUGGGAUAUUAUAGGCAUAAGUGAAAUGCGAAGAAUAGGGGAAACAAUAGAAGAACGAGAUGACUUCAUAUUUUACCAUAAAGGAGAAACCGCGGGUCAAAAAGGAGUUGGAUUCUUGAUUAAGAAGCACCUUAAACCUAACAUAAAGGAAUUCAUUGGAAUUUCAGAAAGGAUAGCCGCAGUACUCAUAAACGUACCUCACUACAAGAAAGAUUGGAUGAUAAUACAAGUCUACGCUCCCACAGAACAAUCAGACCCAAUGGAAAUAAAUAAAUUCUAUGAUGACCUAUCUGAAAUUCUAAAGGGGCAUCAAAAUAAAUAUCUAGUAAUGAUGGGAGAUUUUAAUGCCCAGGUGGGAGAUAGGAUUAGCACAGAGGAAUUUGUCUUAGGAAAAUAUGGUUUCGGUAAAAGAAGUAAGAACGGGCAGAAAUUAAUUCAGUUCUUACUAGAAAAUAACCUGAUACUCUUAAAUAGCAUAUUUAAAAAAAAAAUUAAGAGCAAAUGGACUUGGGUAUCACCUGACGGAAAAUACAAAAAUGAAAUUGAUUAUAUUACAAGUAACUACCGUAAGGCCUUUACUAACGUAAGUGUUAUACAAAACUUAAACUUUAACACAAACCAUCGGAUGGUUAGAGCGGAAAUAAAUGUACGACAACCAAAAACGUCAAGGAAAAAUUUCAGUCACCAGAACUAUAUUAAAUUAAAUAAUACUAACGAUGCAAUCACAGAAACAAAUAAAUCACUACAUGAGACAAUCAUUCAGACUUCGUACCAAUCUCUAGGUGUAUCAGAAAAAUAUAAUAAGAUAGAGAAAGUACUGAAAGGAAUACCAAUAAAGUUAAGAAGCGCUAAAACUAGUAGUCUAAGUGAAAAAACUAAGAAUUUGAUAAAAUUAAGGAGGAUUGCAUUACAAGGCCAAAACAAAAAAGAAAAACCUCCGCAAGGUGGCCGAAAUCAGCAAAAAAAUUAGAGAAAGCAUGAGACGUGACAGAAAAAUAAGGAGGCUCGAGAGAUUAGAGCACCACAUAAAAAAGACAGGCGGA